AGUUCUCUUGCCCCCCUCCACGGAUUUCUGAGGAGAUUGUGGGGGUUGGGUUGUAACCACCACCACCAUUAUGGGAAGGAAGUCUAGUAAAGGGAAGGAGAAGAAACAGAAACGACUGGAGGAGCAGGCAGCCAUGGACACUGUCUGUGCCAAGGUGGAAGCUGCCAACAAACUGGUUGACCCAUUGGAAGCCUUCCCCGUGUUCAAGAAAUAUGAUAGGAAUGGGUUAAAUGUCUCCAUUGAAUGUAAACGAGUAUCCAGCUUGGACCCGACCAUGCUUGACUGGGCCCUUGAAUUGACGAAGACAAACAUGCAGACAUUGUAUAAGCAGAGCGAGUGGGGUUGGAAAGACCAGGAGAAAUGGGAUGAGAUGACAGAUGACCAAGCAUGGUAUCUCAUUGCUCUGGAAGACAGUUCAGUCCCCGUGGCUUUCUCUCACUUCCGCUUUGAUGUGGAAUGUGGAAAGGAGGUCCUCUAUUGCUAUGAAGUGCAGCUGAAAAGCAAAGUGAGAAGGAAAGGUCUGUGCAAAUUUCUCAUACAGAUACUGCAGCUUGUGGCAAACAGCACACAAAUGUAGAAAGUAAUGUUAGCAGUAUUUAAACAC